AUGUCCCGAAAGGUCAUUCUUCUUAUGGGAGCUCCCACCGUACGGAGUCUUCAUUGGGAUGAACAUGAGCUACUCAAUGCACCCAUAUACCCAUUCGACGGCUCGGGUGUUGGCAACGAAGGAGCCAAGUCCUUUGCAGAAUACUACACUGUGAAAUGGAGACUGCUGCAGGAUUCGGCUUUGCUAGAGACGUAUCCAGAUCAGAACGAAACUGAUCCUACGGGAGGCGCACGGUUCUUUACCAUCGACGAGCUGGUUACUCCUGGCGGAAUAUCUACGACACCCGACGAUUCGACACUCUCCAAAUUCUACAACCACUCUUUUGCCAUCCAUGAGACGUCGGAGAUAUCUGCGCCCGGCACCUCCGGGGACGACUCGACGAAAGAGAGCGGCGUAUGGGCGGACAGCACGAACACUUCGAUCGCGCCAAGCUGGGAAGAAGAAAGCCUCCAACCGGGUCUUUCGAUCUCGGGACAUAUCACGGACCUGCGCGAUAUUCCUAGCGCCGCAUACCUCAAUGCCAUUGUGCCUCAGACGAUGACGGUGAAUCUGAUCGUGGGCAUCAUUACCAUUCGGCCGCCGCGCCGCAUCCUGACGCGACAAUGGAAACGAGAGCUGGACCUGAUCGAGGUCGUGGUGGGCGAUAACACGCGCAGCGGGUUUGGUGUUACAUUUUGGCUUCCUCGCACGAAUCGAGGCGGCGACGAGGAGAGCGAACUGGGACGCAGCCUGGCAAGUCUGCGACCACGGGACAUCGUUCUCUUGCGCACGGUGGGACUGAGUACAUUCCGGGAACGGGUGUACGGGCAGAGUCUGAAGAAUGGAGUCACGCGGGUGGAAUUGCUGCACCGCCAGCGGGUCGACGUAACGGACGCGGGGGGAGUGUACAGCGGCAGGAAGCUGCGUGAUGUUCAGCAGAAGCGCCCGAAGGAGCCAGAAGAUCUGCCGCUGGCGAAGGUGAGCAACGUCCGUCAGUGGAUCCGCCAUUUUGUGGACCCGGCACCGGAAGCAGCAGGCGGUGGCACCAGGGGGCCAAAACAACGUGGGUCGAUGGAGAUUCCGGCGAAAAAUCCUCAUCCCACGAUUCUGCCUCCAGAUACGCCCGAGCAGUGA